AUGCCUUACGGAACAUCUUUGCAGCAUGGUAUGGCACCUAACGGCCCAUUUCAGCCAUCUGCUGUGACCAUGAAAACUCUAGCCGGCCGGCCGGAGGAGGCGGAGGACGCCGCCGGCGAUGGACUCCCCCCGCAGAUAGCCGCCGCCAUGAGCCAGCCGCCCGCAGGGGGCGCCGCCGCCGAGCCUCGCCUGCACCCGGAGGGCAGCAGCGGCAGGAAGCAGCCGCGGGCCUCCUCCCCGGCCAGGGCCCGCGACGCCCCCCCGCGACCCCCGCCCGCCGCCCGCGCCCCGCCCGCCGCCGCGGCCACCGCCGCCUCCUCCAAGGCCGGGGCCGGGGCCCCGCGGCCGCCGCCGGGCCAGGCGCCGAGGGGCGGCCGGGGCCGCGCCGCCGAGCGGCCGGGGCGGGGCGCGGCGCCGCCGGGCGCUGUCCAGCCCGGAGCCGGUGCUGAAGCGCCGCCCGCCGCCGAGCCCGGCGAGGAGGCGCCCCCUGCGGGCGGCGGCGGGGGGGAACGGGAGCGGGAGCGGGAGGGGGCGGCGGCGCCGCAGCCUCAGCCGCAGCCGCCGCCGCCGCCGCCCAGGCAGUGGCGGGGGAAAGCGGGGCGGUCCCCGCUGAAGGGCGCGGGGGAGGCGGCCCCGGCGCCUCCAUCUUCGUCGGGCGCCGCCAAGGGCCGCGGGGCGGCGGGCGGCGGCGGCGGCGGGUUCUGGCGGGAGGGAUGCCUGCAAAGUGAGCUCAUCCAGUUCCACCUCAGGAAGGGGCUGGCGGCGGCCGCCCAGAUGCAAACCAAGGGCAGCAACCACGGCAGCGGCGGCCCCGGCCCCGGCGCCGCCUCCGCCUCCCCGGCGGCCGCCGCCUCGGCCGAGCCUCCCCCUGCAUCCUCCGCCUCCUCGCCCUCUGCCAUGGCGGCGGCGGCCGGGGCCGAGGGGCUGCGGCAGGGCGUGGCGGGCGGCGGCGGCCGGAGCGGCACCCCGGAGGGCUCCCUGAGCCCGCAGCUGCAGGACGAGAUGCAGGAGGAGAUGGAGAAGCUGCGGGAGGAGAACGAGAGCCUCAAGAACGAGAUAGAUGAGCUGAGGACCGAGAUGGACGAGAUGAGGGACAGCUUCUUCGAGGAGGACGCUUGUCAGCUUCAAGAGAUGCGCCACGAGCUGGAGCGAGCCAACAAGAACUGCCGGAUCCUCCAGUACCGGCUGCGCAAGGCCGAGCGCAAGAGGCUCCGCUACGCGCAGACCGGCGAGAUCGACGGCGAGCUCCUGCGCAGCAUGGAGCAGGACCUCAAGGUUGCAAAAGAUGUAUCAGUGAGACUUCAUCAUGAGUUAGAAAAUGUGGAAGAGAAACGUACAAUAACAGAAGAUGAAAAUGAAAAAUUAAGGCAGCAGCUUAUAGAAGUUGAAACUGCAAAACAAGCACUACAGAAUGAACUGGAAAAAAUGAAAGAGCAAUCACUGAAAAGAAGAGGGAGCAAAGACCUACAAAAAUCAGAAAAAAAGUCACAGCAGACACCAACAGAGGAGGACAAUGAAGACCUGAAAUGCCAGCUACAGUUUGUCAAAGAAGAAGCAGCCUUGAUGAGAAAGAAAAUGGCCAAGAUUGAUAAGGAGAAGGACAGAUUUGAACAUGAGCUGCAAAAAUACAGAUCAUUUUAUGGGGAUUUGGACAGUCCCUUGCCAAAAGGUGAAGCAGGUGGGCCACCUACCACAAGAGAAGCUGAACUUAAGCUUCGAUUGAGACUUGUGGAGGAGGAAGCUAACAUUCUUGGGAGGAAAAUAGUGGAGCUAGAAGUAGAAAAUCGAGGACUGAAAGCAGAGCUUGAUGAUUUAAGAGGAGACGAUUUCUCAGGGACCGCUAAUCCGCUCCUGGGAGAACAGAGUGAAUCUCUGUCAGAAUUACGACAGCAUUUGCAACUAGUAGAAGAUGAAACAGAAUUGCUGAGGAGAAAUUUAGCUGAUGUGGAAGAACAAAACAAGCGCAUAACUGCUGAGCUGAACAAAUACAAGUACAAGUCUGGGGCCCAUGAGAGCUCCAGGCACCAUGAUAGUGCCAAGACAGAAGCACUGCAGGAGGAGCUAAAAGCUGCACGAAUGCAAAUCAAUGAGCUGAGUGGCAAAGUCAUGCAACUCCAGUAUGAGAACAGAGUUCUCAUGUCCAACAUGCAGCGCUAUGAUUUAGCCUCUCAUCUUGGGAUCCGUGGCAGCCCCAGAGACAGUGAUGCAGAAAGUGAUGCAGGAAAAAAGGAGAGUGAUGACGAUUCCCGCCCCCCUCACCGCAAAAGGGAAGGGCCCAUUGGUGGGGAAAGUGACUCUGAAGAGGUACGAAACAUCCGGUGCCUGACACCCACGAGGUCUUUUUAUCCAACACCGUCUGGAUGGCAGAAAAGCUUCACUGACAGGCAGCAGAUGAAGGACAUUCGCUGUGAAGCUGAGCGACUGGGCAAGACAAUAGAUCGCUUAAUUUCUGACACAAGCACCAUCAUAACAGAGGCAAGAAUUUACGUAGCUAAUGGGGACCUGUUUGGACUGAUGGAUGAGGAAGACGAUGGCAGCAGAAUACGUGAGCAUGAGCUUCUCUACCGGAUCAAUGCGCAGAUGAAGGCGUUCAGAAAAGAGCUCCAGACUUUCAUCGACAGACUUGAAGUUCCAAAGUCUUCAGAUGAUCGAAGUGCAGACGAACCUUUGUCAGUGAGUCAGGUAGACUUUUACUUAUUACGGCCUACAGGUAAAAAGGCUUGGCCAAAUGAAUUAAGCCUAAAAUUUGAUGUAUGGCAUAUUAAAAUUCUUACACUAAACUGUGGACAAAAGUUUCUAUUUUUAAAUUACUUAAAAUCCUCAUUUGGCCAUAUGAAACCUUGUUCUACCAAGGGGCCUACUCAUGAACGGUGAAUAAAUAUGGUCUGCAUGAAUUUAAAAGAAUUAUACUCUAGGUAUAAUAGAGAAUACUAUGUACUGUAGGAGGUGAAAGAUUUUACUCCUUCUUCUGGCUUUGCAGCUGCAUUUGCCAGAGUUGUGCCUUCUAAAGCAGUGUAUGAUAGCAUUUUUGGCACAUAAAUGAGCAUGGUUAUUUUCUUGGUGGUUGGGUCCCUGCUAAAUGAAUAAAACCAAAAUGUAUUAAUUUUAAACAGGAGGAAGCAUACAAUUUCCAAAAUUAUAAAGAAUAUGACAAACCACGGAGAAAAAUAAACCAUGAAAAAUUAUAAAGUCACAGAGCCACACAGUAGUGUGUGAAUAUUGGAAUUGCUGUAACUGGUUGUAUCUUUUGUUAAAAGGCUGUGGGUCACUGCUUAUAUGCAACAGUGACUAGCGUCUUGUCUGCAGUUUUUUAUUCUUCUCUCAUCCUCUAAGGAAAGAGCCAACGAGCAUCCUGCAUGUGACGUGCAGAGUUGUUCCAAAGAGGUUUUGGGGAGCAAAUUCCUUGCUGACUCAAGAUCUUCUGCCAUGAAAAAUGAAAAUUACCUACCCUUAUCUUAUAUUGCAGUCCUA